UUUUUUUCAGAUUUGUAUCCAUGAUGAACUUUCCGGAAAUUAAAAAGGAUGAAAAGUUGAUUUAACCUGCAAAUGUAUUAUAGACAAAUUAAAUCAAAAAGAGAAAACCUAUUGAUUCAGAUACAAAAACAAAUCUGAUACAUAGUGUAAUUAAAGAUCAUUUACCAAUUUAUUAAGUAUUAAUCUUUAUAUAAAUGAAUAGGCAGCCAUAAUCCAUAAAGUUAAAUAUUCAUCUGCUAAACAUAUAUUAAGAAAUUACUACAGUGACACUGCUAAUUAUUUCUCUGCUCAAAAGAAGAGAAGGAGAAAGAUUAUUUGCAGUGGAGCCACCAUCUUAAUUAAUACUAGUAGUGGAAAUAUCAUUUUAUAUUCUUCAUAAAGUUAACAAAUUCCAUAUUUAAACAAUGGUGUCAAUGCCCAAAUUAAAUCAAAAGUUCUUGAAAACCUUAGCUUAUCUAUCAAUUAAGAAUUCGAUACAGGAAUAAGCCAAAAGUUAUUUAUGUAAUAAAAUUUUGAGACCAUUAAAUAAGAUAUUAAAUCAGAAAAAUUAGAAUAAAAACUAAAAUCUCUUUUUAGAACACUUAAAAAAUAACACAAGGAAAUGGUUUCAUGA